UUUACAUAUCAAUUAUCAGACCCAAAUAAUUUUCUUUAUUCUAGAAAUAAAAACAACUAUUGGGGGGAGGUUGUAGCGUCUCCUCUUGCAGGCGUAUGUGAAUACCACUGGUGGAUACUGGCAAUAUGGCCGACAUAAGUCCUGGAUGUACGGGCAAAAAAAUAAUCAAUGAACCUCGUAAUGUAGUCGACGAAGCUUUACAAGGAUUUACUUUGUCCAACAAAAACAUACAGUUAUUGAAAGGCCAUCGGGUGCUAAUAAGAAGAGACAUCGAGGAUGUUCGAAAACGAGGUUUAGUCACCUUAAUAUCAGGUGGUGGUAGUGGCCAUGAACCAGCUCAUUGUGGAUUUAUUGGUUGUGGUGGUCUAACAGCCGUUGUAUCUGGUGGUGUAUUUGCUUCACCUCCAGCUAAGUCUGUACUCGCUGCAAUUCGCGUGGUUUCGCAAGGGAAUGCUGCUGGUGUCUUACUUAUUGUAAAGAAUUACACUGGAGACAGGUUAAACUUUGGUUUGGCAGCUGAACAAGCUAAACAAGAAGGAAUAAUUGACAUGGUUGUGGUAAAUGAAGACUGUGCUUUGUCUAGUAUUGACAAGACAGCAGGUAGACGAGGUCUUUGUGGAACUGUCAUUAUUCACAAGAUAGCUGGAGCAAUGGCUGAAGCUGGAAAAUCAUUUAUCAUAAAUGAAAUCUGCAUGAUAUUUAAUAACCUCAUAGGUACAAUAGCAGUGACUUUAUCAGCAUGUACAUUGCCUGGUUAACCUUCAUUUCAUCUUGCAAGAGAUGAAAUCGAGCUUGGCCUGGGUAUUCAUGGCGAGAAAGGAGUAAAGACUAUUAAGCUAUCCACUUCGAAAGAAUUGGUCGAAAUGAUGAUAGAGCAUAUGUGCACGGAGGAUAAAAAGAACUCUGCCAAGUUUUGUUUGAGAAAAAAUGAUAAAAUUGGUGUGAUGGUGAACAAUCUCGGAAAAUACUUGGAGACUGUAAAAGAUGCCGUCGUAGAAAGGUUGUAUGUUGGAACGUUCAUGACAUCACUGGAAAUGGCGGGAGUUUCAUUAACAUUGCUGCAUUUAAACAAAGAAAGAAAACAGUUUUUAGAUUAUGAAACAGAAAUGCCGGGAUGGUCAAGAACAUACGGUGUUAGCGAUGAAGAACAAGAAAUGAAUGGAUUGAUCAAAGAUUCAGACAUCGUGGAAGCAGAAGAAGACCUUACUUCAACAGGUCACGUUUUGUCGAAUUGUUUUUUAAAGAUCAUUGAAAAUUUGGAAGACAAUGAAAAUUACCUAAAUGAGCUUGAUCGUCUGUCUGGUGAUGGUGAUUGUGGUAGUACGUUAAAAUGUGCCACACAAGCUAUAAAAGUAAGCAUGAAAAAAAUUCCGUGGAACUCACCAUACAAUGCCUUACUUCGUGUUGCUAACAUUAUUCAAGACACUAUGGGGGGAUCCUCAGGAGCGUUUUAUAGCAUAUUUAUCCUGGCAGGCGUUGAGCCAAUUAAAAAUGUAGAAGACAUAAGUCCAUUGCAGUGGUGUAAGGCUUUAGAGUGUGGCAUUGAGGGAAUAAAAAGAUAUGGCCAAGCUGAAGAAGGCGAUAGGACAAUGCUCGAUGCAUUGUGCCCUGCUAGUGUGAACUUUCGUUCAGCAUUGGAAAGAAAUAGUGAUCCGUUUAACGCUUUUGAAGCUGCAGUACAGGCAGCAGAGGAAGGGUCGCAAAAAACCGCUGGAAUGAAGGCUCAAGCUGGCCGAGCUAGUUAUAUAUGUUCGAGUAAACUGACAGAACCGGAUCCUGGCGCAGUAGCUGUUGCAUUAUGGAUGAAAGCUAUUAAGACAAGCUUAACUUGAGCGUAAUAUAUUUCAAAAAUAAUGUUGACAUACCAUCUCAACUAAAUGUCUUUCAACACUUGAACAAUUUAUCUUUAGUCAAGUUUGAUCAGCAGCUAUAUUAUUGCUGUUAAGGAAUAGAAAUUAUGUAAAAUUAAUCUCCAGUAACGGAGAAAUGAGUAGCUUACACAACACGCAAGUUUUAGUCCUGUUAUGUACGUAAAUGCCAGGCAAUUUUCAUUAUUCAUUUCUUUAGAAAUCUAUUUGCAGUGAGUGAACAUAGAAAAAUUAGCAUAACAGGACCAAACAAGCAGGCUGACUACGCCACUUACGUAGCACCAUAUUAACAACUGUCUCAAUGGAGAAACAAAAAUUUACCUUUCAUUAUUACUG